GAACGCGCCGGCCUCCUCGCCCUCUUCGUGACGGCCGAGAUGGGCAUCUCCAAUGGAAUCUUGGGCGACGAGCUCGCAGUCGCUGCCCGCCCGGUGCCGGGCCCGCACCCGCCGGGCGCCUUGCCGCGGCCGAGGGGCCGACGACUCGUGCCCGUCGAUGGCGGGGCCGCCGAUGGCGGCCCGGCCUGUGCGGCGGGGCCCGUUCCUGCCCCGCUCGCGGACAGCGGUUCGUCGUCCACGGCCGCGCGCAGAUCGGGG